AUUAAAAUAUUUAUGAGGUUCCACCACUAAAUUGUCCUUUUUUUUUAAAAAAAAAGAGAAUCUUUAUUUGAAUAACUGAAAGCUACCCGUGAGGUUCUCAGCUCGGACUCUCUAUAAAAUGCCUAGAAUGCUUGAAUGUAGAACCACCUCCCAUAGUCUUGUAGAGAUGGAGUUGCUUCUCUUUAUUGCUUUCUCUCUUCUCUUCGCCACGGCAACUCCUCUUAGGGGAAUAUCUAGUAACUCAUGCUCGUCGAAAAUCAAGGACGACGAGUCCCAGUGGAAUACCUCCGGCCUCCACCUCACCCUCCACCACCCUCUCAGUCCCUGCUCCCCGGCCCCUCUCCCCGACCUCCCGAUCUCCACUGUCCUCUCCCAUGACGCCGCCCGCGUGCGGCUCACCCCGGGCACCUCUGUCGGUGUCGGCAACUACGUCACGCGCAUCGGCCUCGGCACCCCCGCCACCUCCUACGUCAUGGUCGUCGACACCGGCUCCUCCCUCUCCUGGCUCCAGUGCUCUCCCUGCGCCGUCUCCUGCCACGACCAGGUCGGCUCCAUAUUCGACCCGUCGGCGUCCAACACGUACCAGUCCGUCUCGUGCUCUGCGCCCGAGUGCGACAGCCUCGACUCGGCCACGCUCAACCCGUCGGCGUGCUCGAACUCCGGCAUGUGCAUCUACCAGGCCAGCUACGGCGACAGCUCCUUCUCAGUUGGCUACCUCAGCAGGGACACGCUCUCCCUCGGCGGCCAAACCUUCCCGAACUUCGUCUACGGCUGCGGCCAGGACAACGAGGGCCUCUUCGGCGAGUCGGCCGGCCUAAUCGGCCUCGCCAAGAAUAAGCUCUCUCUGCUAUCCCAACUCGCCCCCAAGCUCGGCUACUCCUUCUCCUACUGCCUGCCGACGACAUCGUCCAGCGGGUACCUGUCGAUCGGCUCGUCCAGCCAGGCGCAGUUCUCGUACACUCCGAUGGUGUCGAACUCACUGGACAGCACGCUCUACUUCCUCACCCUGACCGGCAUCAGCGUCGCGGGGCGUUCGCUCGCUGUCGCACCGUCGGCGUACACAAGUGCCCCUACGAUCAUCGACUCUGGCACGGUGAUCUCGCGCCUCCCGUCGGACGUCUACUCCGCGCUGAGCAAGGCGGUGGCGGCCGCACUCCAAAGGUACCCGCGCGCGCCUGCGUACUCGAUAUUGGACACGUGUUUCAAGGGGAGGGCGAGCCGGUUGGCGGUGCCCGAGGUGGACUUGGUGUUCCAGGGUGGGGCAGCGAUGAAACUGCCGCCGGGCAACGUGAUGUUCGACGUGGACAGCUCGACGACGUGCUUGGCGUUCGCGGAGUCAAGCAGGGUGGCCAUCAUCGGGAACAAGCAGCAGCAGACGUUCAGCGUGGCGUACGACGUCGCCACGCAAAAGAUCGGGUUCGCCGCAGGCGGAUGCCGGUGAUGAGAACAGAAUAAGAAUAGGUGUGUUUGGAGGUGGUGGUGGUGGAAGUGGUGGGGAUAAGCAAGGAUUGGUAGUAGGUGAAUAAGCUAUUCUGUUCCAUUAUAGCUGUACAGCAAAAAAAAAAGGUGAGGAUAUAUUAGAGGCCAAUUAAUCAUCCAUUAGGCCUUGAUGAAAACUAAUAGUUUGUGGAUAUUGGAGAGAAGUGAGUCGACUCUCCAUUGUCAUCUUCACACGGAGUGAUGAAUUGUGAUUGCUUGUGAGGAGGGGAAAAAAAAAAAACCAAUAUUCUGGGGAUUUGUUUUAAAGGUUUUUUUUUUUUCCUUUUCUUUUAAUAUAAUUGUUACUAAUAAGUGUAUCAGUGGAAGUGUAUGUAACCGAAUCGAUUGUGGCAAAGUGUCUUUUAUUCGAUCUCUCUAUAUACGGCAGAGAUGUUCGUGUCU